AUGUCAAGACCUCCCAUUUUUGUUAAUGACUUGGAAAUAGGAUGCCAGGUUUGGAAAAUGGGUAUCCGAGUCACUGAUUUAUGGACUGUCAAAGAGAGGAAUGGCAAGUUACAUGUGGAGCUAAUCAUUCAAGAUGCAAAGGGUCAACAGAUUCAAGUUGUUACACGUCCGAGAGAAUACAACCAUUGGAUGCAAGUGUUGACCGAACAUGAUACAUAUACACUGUAUAAUGGUGAACCUCUGAAAAAUGAUAUCCAAUUGGAGGCAUGUGAUAACCCAAUUAAACUCAUGUUCAACCAAGCAACCACACUUUAUAAAAAUCCGCAACACAACAUCCCUCCUCACAAAUUUGAUUUCAAGCCUAUACCUGAUUUUAUUUCUGGAAGUUUCAAGCAUGAUAUGUUGUAUGAUGUCAUCGGAAUCUUCAAUGAAGUGACUCGAAAACAAACUGUCGGCAACAACAAAAAGGCUUGUGCUAACAUUUUACUUAGUGACUACCACGAUAAUGUCAUUGAAGCUGCUCUCUGGGAUUCUUUUGCUUCAAAGCUAUUUGACUUCCUCAACUCAAAUUCACAUGCCACUCCUAUCAUUAUUGUGCUAACCCAUGGUUGGUGCAAAAGAAGUGGUGCAAAAUCCACUUUUUCUAAUGCAUGGAAUGGAAGUAAACUUCUCAUCAACUAUGAUCAUCCACAAGUGCACGAUUACAGAACUAAGUUAGGCGAUUAUAAACCAUGCCCACGGGCUUCUCAAAGUGUGUCGCAAACAUCUGAAUAUGAUAAGUUUUGGACCAACUCUUUGGAAUUCAAGAGCAUCUCUGAGAUUAAAGGAAAAAAUCAGGUUUCUUUGUUUAUUUCUUGCCAUUACUAUGAUAAACUAUCCAGAACUGCUAUUUCCUCAGUGUUACCAUUUUCCUUUGUUCAUAACAAGGAUUGUUUCGCAACAACCAUGGGCACAACUAUGAGGUUCAAGAUGGCGUCGUUCGGAUGGUACUAUAAUUGCUGUUCAGGAUGCAGCAGGGAAAUAAAAGAUCCUGAACUACCGUUUCAGUGCAAAUGUGGUGGCCCCAAUAUAGUUGAAGUCACAAAAUACAAGCUGGAAAUUGAAGUUGAACACGGCGGCGUUGAUUGUACCUUCAUGUUUUGGGACAAAGAUUGUGUUCCAAUCGUUGGGAUGACUGCUGAUAAAUUAAGGGCUAUAACGAAAGAGGCUGGUGAAGAUCACCCACAGAUAUACCCUACUUACCUUGAUGUUCUUCUGGAGAAAAAGCUCACUUUCCGUGUGAAGUACACCACCAACUUUGGUCAGUGCUCCAUAGUCCAGAUUAAUCCUGAUAAACAAGUUUACAAAAGGAUCGAUGAAUUCUUGAACCCAAAUGAGCACACUUCAAAUGUCUGCGUUACACAAAAUACCGAUAAGGCUAACAUGAAAACUCCGACUGUGGCUGUUGCGGAUAAUUCAAAGGUUCCUGAAUUGCCCGCUGAAAAUGUUGUGGCUGCUCAAUCUAAUCCGGCGCUGCCUAUAUCUCCAAUUAACCUGAAUUCGAAACUUGCUACUGAAGUUACGAUGUCUGGAACUAGCUCUACAAACACGCCAAUGAAGCGGGAUGCUGCUUCCAUAGUGUUAGAAGAUGCCUCUCCGAUCAAGUAUCUAACACCUCAGAAUUCUGCCACCAAAGUAAAACACAUGAAGACGGAGUGA